AUGACAUCGACAAAAAAGAGCACCGACAUUGAAAAAGCGUCGUUUUUGGCCGAGAAAUGCGCGUCUCUGAGUCUGGCUCACAUCAAGAAACAGACAAAUCCGGUGAGUUGAGCCGGAAUUCUACAAUAUCUGAAUGGACAAACGCUUUCAGGAAGACAUGAAACUCUUGGAGCUGUAUGGGAAGAAAUUGGACGAGUGCAUGACGAGAAUUGACUUCUCGCAAGUCACUGUGAGUUUGUAUGCAUCCGGAAAACCUUAAGGACUCUCUAUUUUCAGGUGGAGCAAAUGAAAAAGCUCGAGAAACAGAUCAACACUUUCCUGGGGACCCGCCAGCAACUCAGCGAGAUUAUCAGGGCCGCAGAAGCUGCGGGACCCCGUUUCAAAGACGCUUCGACUCAGACAAACGUCGUUUUGAAGUUGACGUGGCGCCAACGGUGAGCAUCAAACAAGAUUUUGGAAAUUAUGGAAAUAAAGUUAUAUUUAAGCAGUGGCAACAUCUUCAAGAGCAGAGGACACGUGGUUCUGUCGCACGACGAGCCAGGAACAUCGAAUAAUCAUUUGACUUUCUUCUGA